GCUUCGGGCAAGAUUUCCCCUCUUAUCCUUCGGUGAUACAACUCGUCAUUUGCUUGGGAAGUCCUCGAAAUGCACCUGUUUCGAAUCAGCAUCCACGCGUCCUUCCUGCUGUUCGUCGGAUCCUUCAGUGCCCAUCCCAAUCCCAGGCGCAACGAGAUCUCUUGGGAGGACGUGAAUAAGGAUCUGAGUCUGGAUACCACCACGUCGAUGGCGGGGUAUAAUGGCAAUGAUACGGGGCCAGAGGUGAAAGUGUUCGAGAGGAGUAGGGAGUCCAAAUCCCUUCAACUUCCUAGGUACACUGAAGUGGGCGAAAUGGGCCAGAUGCGUGUCUACAAUGUUGGCGUACUUAUGGCCUCUCAUUUGGAUUCCCCAUUCGAUCUGGAACGCUGUGGACCGGCCGUGGAUUUGGCCUUGGAAGAAAUCAACAAGGUAUUUCUGAGGCCCCACAACAUAACGCUGUUGAAGAAGAAGGGCAGCUACCCAUCGUGCUCGGGCGCCCGGGCUCCGGGACUUGCUGCAGACAUGCACUUCCAGGACGACGUAAUCGCCUUCAUUGGACCAGCCUGCGCCUUUGCCCUUGAGCCGGUGGCACGUCUGGCCGCCUAUUGGAACACACCCAUCAUCACCGGCAUGGGGGAUCAGCCACCUUCCUCGGAAGGUGAGCUCACGGUGACUUCUGGAAUCCUGGGAAGGAUACAUAAGUGGAAGAAUGAGAAUACGGGCAUGUUCAAGGACAAGUCCAAGUACCCAACCCUCACCAGGAUGUCCUACUGCCAGUGCCGGCUCAUCCUCGUCUUCGCCAGCGUCUUUCGGCAGUUCAACUGGAAGCAUGUGGCCCUGCUAGUGGACAGAUCGGAGCUCUUCUCGUGGACAGUGGGCAAGAACCUGGAGUACGGACUGCGGCAGGAGGGACUACUGAGUUUUGUAAGGGAGCUCAAUGGGAAUGAGGAGGAGAUCUACGAGAACUAUCUAAAGGAUGCCAGCAUGUAUGCAAGAGUUGUGAUCCUGUCAGUACGCGGAGUUUUGGUGCGCAAAUUCAUGCUGGCGGCUCACAGUCUGGGCAUGACCAACGGCGAGUGGGUCUUCCUGGACGUCGAGAUCUUCCAAAGCGACUACUGGGGCGACAAGGGCUGGGAGAUGAAGGACGAGCACGAUGCCAAGGCGCGCAAGGCGUAUGAGGCCCUUCUAAGGGUCAGCCUGCUGCAGCCGACGAGUCCCAAGUUCCAGGACUUUGCCGACAAUGUGCGGGAGAACGCGCUCUACGACUACAACUAUACGUUUGGCGAGGGCGAGGAGGUGAACUUCUUCAUCGGAGCCUUCUACGACGGGGUCUACCUGCUGGGCAUGGCCUUGAACGAGACCCUCACCGAGGGCGGCGACAUCCGGGAUGGGGUCAACAUUACGAGGCGGAUGUGGAACCGCACCUUCGAGGGCAUCACUGGGCACGUGCGAAUCGACGACAACGGCGACCGAGAUGCGGACUACUCCAUUCUGGAUCUGGACCCAAUCAACGGAAAGUUCUCGGUCGUGGCCCAUUACUCCGGUGUUCACAAAGAAUAUGCGGCUGUUCAUGGCAAGAAGAUUCAUUGGCCAGGUGGACGCGAGGAGCCACCACCUGAUGUGCCCCCCUGUGGUUUUCUGGGCAACUCGACGGAUUGCCUUGGAAACUUAUCGACCAUUAUGUACUCCAUAUUCGGCUUGGCCCUGUUUUUGGGUCUUGUUUUUCUGGUUAUUUGCCUUCUACAAAAGCAGAUGAAGCUUAGCAAGGAGCUGAACAACAUGACCUGGCGCGUUCGUCCCGACGACGUCCUGAUCGAGAUGGGGGGCAUGUUUGGGUCCAAGGGCGGACUGCAGCGCCUGGAUGUGGAGAAUAUCUCGCUGCAGCAGUUCGGGAUCCACUCGGGCCGCGCCUCGAUUGCCAGUUUCACCUCCCUGCCGCCGCAGGUGUACACCACCAUCGGGCAGUUCAAGGGCGAGCGGGUGGCCAUCAAGAAGGUGAAUGUGAAGAAGGUGGAUCUGACUCCCCAGUUGCUCUGGGAGAUCAAGCAGGCGCGGGACGUGAGCCACGAGAAUACGGUGCGAUUUGUGGGCGCCUGCAUCGAUCUGCCCCGGCCCACGGUGCUCAUCCUAACCGAGUAUUGCUCGAGAGGCAGCUUGAAGGACGUGCUGGAGAACGAGGCCAUCGAACUGGACUGGAACUUCCGCAUGUCGCUCAUCCACGACAUCGUCAAGGGCAUGAACUAUCUGCACAACAGCGAUGUAGCCGCCCAUGGAAAGCUGCGGUCCUGCAAUUGCCUCAUAGACGGACGAUUCGUCCUAAAGAUCUCCGAUUUUGGACUCAGAACGCUGACCACACCCUCCGAUUUCGUGCGGGAUCAAAACUACUAUCUGAAGCUUCUGUGGAUUGCCCCCGAGCUCCUGCCACUUACCUCCAUUCCGGGCUGCUGUCCGGCCACGCAGCGUGGCGAUGUCUACUCGUUUGGCAUAAUUCUGGAGGAGAUUGUCAAUCGCGGCGGACCGUAUCAGGAAGCCCGUCAGCAGAUGGAUGUACACACGAUCUUGCACAAAGUACGGCAGUGCAACGGAUUCCGGCCACUUAUCCGGGAACGUGAAUGUCCGCCGGACCUGCUGGAACUGAUGGAAAAGUGCUGGGCGGACAACCAGGAGGAAAGGCCCACCUUCUCCACAAUCCGCGGUAAUAUUCGCACCAUAAUGAAGGGCUUCUGUGAGAAUCUGAUGGACGAUCUACUGAACCGCAUGGAACAGUAUGCCAAUAAUUUGGAGAGCCUCGUGGAGGAGAAAACCCGCCAGCUGAGCCUGGAGAAACAGCGCACGGAGGAGCUGCUCUACCAGAUUCUUCCACGUCCCGUGGCCCAGCAACUAAUGGCCGGCGAUCUCGUGGAGCCGGAGGAGUUCAGUAGCGUGACCAUAUACUUCAGUGACAUCGUUGGCUUCACGGAACUCUGUGCGCGCAGCAGUCCCAUGGAUGUGGUGAACUUCUUGAACGAUCUGUACAGCACCUUCGACCGGAUCAUUGGAUUCUACGAUGUGUAUAAGGUGGAGACUAUUGGGGAUGCGUAUCUGGUGGUCUCUGGACUACCCGAGCCCAAUGGGGAUAAGCAUGCCCGCGAGAUUGCUCUGAUGGCGCUGGACAUCCUGCAGGCCGUCAGUUCCUUUAAUCUGCGCCACAAGCCGGAGUACAAAAUCCAGAUUAGAAUUGGGAUGCACUCGGGAUCAGUUUGCGCCGGUGUUGUGGGCAAGAAGAUGCCACAUUACUGCCUCUUUGGGGACACGGUCAACACGGCGUCGAGGAUGGAGAGCACGGGGCAGCCGGGCAAGAUUCACGUUUCGUCGGCCACCAAGGCCAUCCUGGACAAGUUCGGCACCUUCCAGAUGGAGCAUCGUGGCGAUGUGGAGCUGAAGGGCAAGGGCACGGUCACCACCUAUUGGCUAAACAGCACCACCGAGGGCGAGGCCCGACCGCCCACUCCCCAGAUCCAGGCCACCGACGAGGUGCCCUUCCCACUGCUUUUCGCCGGCAUGGGAAAAUAGUCUUCUGAACGCCAUGCAAAUUAUUACUUAAAUCGAUCUCUUAAAAAUCAGUAUUAUACAGGGACGUUCGAAGAGUUCUAUUUCAAACAAAAUCCAAUUGCAAAUCAAAUAUUUGUGUCACUUUCAAUUUUGUAUAAGCAUUUUAAAGCCAUCUUGAGAGUGGCUAAUAGCCUAUAAAAAUUUCCAAAAAAUCAAACAUUUUUCAGACCAACCGUCCAGAAAUUUGUCUGAGA